AGAAAUGAUGGCCUACGGAAAUUAAAGUCCAACUCCUAGAAUAACUCAACCCAAUAUUUCUUUCAGAUACAUCCAGUUUUAUUUAUUUAUUAUUUUUUUAAACAAAAUAACUCAUGAAUUUCUUACGCAAAGCAGACUAUCUAGUAAAUUAUUUCAACCCAUACUUGUCAAAUCAUGCCUCCGCACAAACAGAAGGCAACCCACAUCCAUCCAUGCAUGAUCAAAGUUACCUUUGAUAAUUUUCCGAAAAAGUGUUAAUAUUGAUGUCGACUCAAACAGCACUGAAAUAGCGGGGUGUUGACUGCCUACUCGGACUUAAUGACAAAUCACAAAAAUCCCUGAUAAGAAACGUGAGUGAAUGUGCAGCACGUGUAUAUUUGGUUUGCUAUCGAGUGCAUACUUUUACUACAGACUAAGUACAGGUUGUAGCAGUGACAGAGUGAAGUUAUCGGGACCCACACGGUGAGAUCUAGGUAUAGUUCGAACAAGCAAGAUGGCUGAGAAGGCACGUCAGUCGAAUGAAGCCGCCGUGGCUAUAGAGGAACAGAGAUCCGCUCCUGAUAGUAUACUGUAUAAAGUCGACGAAUCUCCACCUUGGUAUUUAGCAGUUCUUCUGGGAUUUCAGCACUACCUCACAGCUUUCGGUUCCACCAUUACAGUACCGUUAGUGCUACAGACGGCUAUGUGCAUUGACCAAGAUCGGGUAGGACUCAGCGAAAUCAUAUCUACCACUUUCUUCGUGUCUGGAAUUUCUACUUUGCUUCAGACAACAUUAGGAGUUAGGUUACCCAUCAUACAAGGAGUGACUUUUUCGUUUCUUACACCGACUUUCACAAUAUUAGCGUUGGAUAAAUGGAAGUGUCCGUAUGUCCUGGCAGCAAAGGGAGAGUGGAAUGUGACAUCUUUCCCACUGCCAGAUCCUGGGAGUCCAGGUCACAGAGAAAUAUGGCAGAUGCGGAUGAGAGAGAUCCAGGGAACUAUUAUGGUAUCUUCUGUAUUCCAAAUUAUCAUUGGAUUCAGUGGCAUCAUGGGCCUGAUCUUGCAGUUCAUUGGGCCCCUGGCGAUUGUACCCACAAUCUCCUUAAUUGGCCUGUCUCUGUUCAAGGAGGCUGCGGAUCUGGCAUCCAAACAGUGGUACAUUGCUCUCAUGACAAUGUUUUUGAUAGCGCUUUUUUCACAAUAUCUGAGGAAUAUAAGCAUCCCAGUUUGUAAAAUCACACGGAAGGAUGGGUGUUCCGUCUACAAACUACCAAUAUUUAAGUUAUUCCCGAUUUUAUUGGCUUUGCUAACGGCAUGGAUGAUAUGUGCCAUAUUGACUGCCACGGGUGCACUUCCAGAAAAGGAGGGUUGGGGAUAUGCCGCCCGGACGGAUGUCAAUGCUGACGUCCUAAAGAAAGCUCUCUGGUUUAGAUUCCCGUAUCCAGGUCAAUGGGGAAUGCCCACCGUCAGUGUGUCGGCUGUGUUUGGAAUGUUGGCCGGAGUACUUGCGUCUAUGAUCGAAUCAGUUGGGGAUUACUACGCAUGUGCCAAACUUGCUGGAGCCCCUCCCCCUCCCAUUCAUGCCGUGAAUAGAGGAAUAGGUAUAGAAGGAAUUGGCUGUCUAUUGGCCGGUGCCUGGGGCUCCGGAAACGGUACGACUUCCUACAGUGAAAACAUUGGAGCUAUAGGUAUUACUAGGGUCGGAAGUCGACGAGUUGUACAAAUUGGCGGAAUAGUAAUGAUCGUCUUGGGGUGCCUCGGGAAAUUCGGGGCUCUGUUUGUCACCAUACCAGACCCUGUAAUCGGAGGACUCUUUAUGGUUACAUUCGGUAUGGUGGUAGCAGUGGGCCUGUCUAACUUGCAGUUUGUAGACCUCACUUCAUCUCGAAAUAUAUUCAUUCUGGGAACAUCUAUUUUCUUCGGAUUAUCAUUUCCAAACUGGAUGAAAAACCACCCGGGUUAUAUUAGUACAGGAGAUGAAAUAGCAGAUCAGCUGCUGACUGUUUUACUGGGUACGAGCAUGUUUGUAGGAGGCGUGGUCGGGUUUGUCCUUGACAAUACAAUACCAGGUACUCUGGAGGAACGUGGCAUAAUAAAAUGGCGGGAAACAGAUGACUCUGUGAAAGUUGGUGGAACAAGCAAUACCUCUGUUUAUGAUUUGCCUUUUAUACAAAAGUAUCUCAACCGGCUGACAAUAACUCGUUUUCUCCCAUUCUGUGCUAAUUUUCAGCCAUGCAGUGUAACAUGCAAGAGAGAGAACCCAACACUAGAACAUUAUGAGCAGAGUGUCGAAGACACCAAGUUUUGAGACUUUAAAACUUUGUCCCAUUUGUACAGCGUGCAUGCUUCUGCUAAUACGUGCCUGUCAGACAAUACUUCUUUGAAUUUGGCGAUGGCUGUAUCAUCCAGACAGGCGGAAUUCCGUUCUAACAAUUCGUGUCUCGGGCCAUUCUUUGAAUUUGGUAUGACUACAAUGUACAGUUGUAUCUAUUACAGGGACGAAUGUACAAAUCCGUAUUACACUUCCAAAAAUAGUUUGUGCCAUACAUGUAUGACUAGAAUAUGGUGUAUAUUUUAGCUCAACUGAUCCAAAGGCUCAAGUGAGCUUUUCUUAACAAAAUGUGUCCGUUUUCUGUCGGCAAACUUUUCACAAUUUCAUUUUUUUCACCAGAACUAUUGGGCUAAAUGGAUAUAGUCCUUUACCAAAAUUGUUAAUUUGAUGAUCUCAGAGUUGGGAGGGCCAAAAUGGUUAGUUUAUUCAACAAAAUUUUAUUCUACAACUGCACAUGUGUAAUAAAAUCUAAAUGCAUAGUGAUGUAGACCAGAAAGACUUCUACCAAAAUUGUAAAUUUCAUGAUCCCCAUGGUAGAGGUUCUGACCCCAGGGAGGGCCCAAACUUGGUAUACACUAUGAAUACAUUGUAUGUGUAAAACAUUUAGAUAAUACUGUACCUUUUUUAAGGCUACUUAAUGCUAUUGAUACUAAAUUGAAACUAAAUAGAUAUUCAGAAGGAGUAGAUAGUCCUUUACCAAAAUUGUAAAUUUCGUGAUCCUAGGAGGUAAGGGUUUAGUUCCAGGGUUUAGCCAAAGUUGUUUUAGUGAUUAUUGUCUUUUAUUAUUUGAAGGACUUUUUUACGUUUGCUGAUACAGCAUAAAAACUAAAUGCAUAUUUAGGAAAAGCAGAAAAGGAUGUACCAAACUUGUGAAUUUUGCAACCCCAGGGUAUUGACUCUACGAUGGAUCCAAAUUAAUCAUAUUGUAUUAAUGUUACAUAUAUUAUGUGAAGCCUUUCAUCACGAUAGACACUGUUGAGGGCAUUUAAAAGAAAGAUGUUAUCUUAAAUCUUAGACACGACUUUUAGUAGUAUUCAAAACAGGAAAAUUAAUUUCUAGAUUUCAUAGGCCUUGGGACUAGUUAUGUUUAUAACUAAUAAUCAGAUGGACCUCUUGUUUAUUUCAGAUGUUAUAAUUUGAACAGAUCAUAUAUAUGUAAUUGUAUAUUGUAUGUAUUUUAUAUCGGCAUAAUAUUUACGAGUCUUGCUCAAACUUAACAGUAUAUUUUUUUUAUUCUAACUUUCUGAUUUCAACAGACAUACCCGAGUGUUCAAACGAAAAAUCUAAGACUUGCUGAAACAUACGCCCGAAAAGAUUUGCUUUGCUCAAUGUACAUUCAUAGUGCUCAAUCUCUUGCUUACAUUUUAGAUAUAUACUUUGGCUUUAUAUGCAAUUUCCCGAGGCCAUAUAUUAAAAGGUCAGUGGACGAAGACUAUAUAAAUAACAGUGUCAUGUGUUUUUUAAAUUUCUAUGACGCAGUAUUAUAUGUGUACAUAUAUUAAUUUGACACGUACCCUUUAUUUGGUACAAGGUUUUUUUUUUCUUUCUUAGAAUUUCAAAAUAAAGAAGCAUCCUUAAAAAAAA